AUGCGCUGGGAAGUACCAGCCUCCGCUGACGCUCUUCUUGCCAGCAGUCCUGACUAUGAACGAGCACAGGAUUGGGUAGAAAAGAUUGCUUUAGCACUCGAGGCAAAGGAUCCUGAUGCCGCUGCAGACCUAUUCUCAGAUGACGCGCAUGCCUUCUCAUGGAUGACAUCCAUCGGAAAGCAUGACCAAUGCAUCAAGAACCUUAUAUCCACACCUACUCAUUUCAUCUGGCAGUGGGAGACAACAUAUGUCAUCGGGGUGCACACCCCAGUAACCGUCGAUUAUUCUGCCGUUUUGACGAGAGAUUUAAGGAACCCCGAGGAGAAUAAAGUCUCAGCAGUCCAAAUGUAUGGUGAUCUCAGCAAGCUUAUGCCUCUCAUUGCGGAUAAGCCAUUAGCUUGGCGCCCCAACGUUGUGACGCUCAAUUAG